AGGUAGUGCACAGCUGCUCAAGAAUACAACAUGUCUAAGCACAGUGUUGUUAUUACUGGUGGAGGAGGGUAUUUAGGACAUCGAGUGCUGAGGUACUCCGUUCUCCAUCUGCUCCAGAAUUCCUCAGCGAGGUAUUGGACACGCUUCCAUUGGUGUCUCAACAUCUCACCUAUGCCAUAGUUACUCUGAGACAGAAAAGGUGUGCCUGUUUUCUAGCAAAGUAAGCAGAACUGGGAUUUUUGACCUUGAGGACUGCUUACACAAUACAUUUGUGUACCACAGAAAUGCUUGGUUGUGCACUAAAUGAAAAGGGUUUAAAAGUCACACUUUUUGAUAUCCGAAAACCAAUAGAGAACUUUCCAAAAGAGAUUACAUUUUUACAGGGAGAUGUGCGCAGCUAUUCAGAUGUAGAGGAUGCCCUUAAAAAUGCAAACUGUGUUUUCCAUAUAGCGUCCUAUGGAAUGUCUGGACGGGAACAAUUAAACAGAAGACUAAUUGAAGAAGUAAAUGUAACAGGAACAGAGAAUGUGAUCCAGGCCUGCCUGAAAAUUGGAGUCCCAAGACUGGUUUAUACUAGCACAUUUAAUGUAGUAUUUGGAGGUCAGGUAAUAAAAAAUGGAAAUGAAACACUUCCUUAUCUACCACUUCAUCUACAUCCAGACUACUACUCUAAAACAAAAUCAAUAGCUGAAAUGGCAGUUCUAAAAGCCAAUGGUAUGAAACUAGAAAAUGGAUCUGAUGUCCUAAGAACUUGUGCACUUCGUCCUGCAGGCAUCUAUGGACCUGGUGAACAGCGUCAUCUCCCCAGAAUUGUCAGCUAUAUUGAAAGAGGUAUUUUUAAGUUUGUCUAUGGUGAUGUGAAUAGCCUUGUAGAGUUUGUGCAUGUGGAUAAUCUUGUUGCUGCACACAUCAUCGCCGCAGAUGCUUUAACAGCUGAGAAGAAUUACAGAGCUUCAGGACAGCCCUACUUUAUUUCUGAUGGGAAACCAGUAAACAACUUUGAAUUUUUUCGGCCAUUAGUUGAAGGUUUAGGAUAUAGAUUUCCAACAGUCCGUCUUCCAAUAUCUUUAAUAUAUUUUUUUGCCUUUCUUACUGAGAUGUUUCAUUUCCUUAUAGGUCCCGCUUAUAAUUUUCAACCACUGUUGACACGCACAGAGGUGUAUAAGACUGGAGUCACACAUUAUUUCAGUUUAGAAAAAGCUAAACAAGAUCUAGGAUAUAAACCACAAUCAUAUAAUCUAGAUGAGGUUGUGGAGUGGUUUAAACUUAAGGGUCAUGGGAAAAAGUCAUGUCCCAAGUCAUUCACUAACGCAAUCUGGAAUGUUUUACUCAUAAUGGUAUUAACUUUGAUAGUCCUGUCUUAUAUACCAGUUGUAGGCCUUUAACGGAAAAAUAAAAAUAUCCAUCAGAAACUUUGUACAUAUUAAUGUUUUCAAAUUAACAACAGUAACAUAAAAGUAACUAACUAGGGGCUUUAUUAUUCUGGAAUAUGUUGGUUAUUUUAUCAUUGUACAAAGCAACAAAAGAGCUUGAAAUAUUCACUGUCAAUUCAUUGGACUACAUUACAAACUGGUCAAGUUUAGAAUUCUAAGCAGUUUUUAAUUAUAUACUCUAUAAAACAACAUAUUCAGUUUUGAUGUAAGAAAAAUGCAAGUUCCAUAAUAUUAGCAGGCAGUUAACAUAAGCCAGUGACCUAGAGAGAGGUUCUUCAUUUAGAAAACUACACAUUUGCUUUCUUUACACAAAGUGAAAUCUCCCAUUAACUGUCAACCAUUAAAUUACAAUGUGUUUAUGGAAUAUUUAAUUAUCAGAAAUAAUGUCCACUUCCGAUAAAGAAAUAGAUCAAUUUAUUUUAUUAAUAUUUAUUAAUUAAAUGAAAUAAUUUCCAAGACAAACAUAAUAUAUCUAUAUAAUAUGCAGUAAAGUGUUUUGUAUUAACUUUAGUUGUAAAUAAAGACAGGUAUAAUGGGAUGUUUUCUUCAUUUUUAUUUUAAUUAUCAGUGCACAAAGACAGUAAUUCUUGUUUUGGGAACGAAUGGUGUCAGUUUUUCAUAAUUUAGAUUACUAAUGGUUUACAGUAAAUGUUAAGGUUAUUAUUACUGUAUUUCAUAAAGAAAUAACUUAUUACAAAUUUUAAAGAGCAAAAAACAUUUGAUGCAUAUUAAUACUGUAUUAUGUAAGGGAAGAGUUCUAUGUUUUUAUAAUUGAAAUUAAAAUCGAAUUCAUUGAUAUGUCUUAAUAUGAUAUAUAAUUGUAAUAAAAAA